AUGAAGGUGCUCUGCGUUGCGGAGAAGCCGUCCAUCUCCAAGGCCGUUGCUGGCCAUUUGGCAGGACGAAACCCUGAUGUUCACAAUACGCGCUCGCAAUACAUAAAGAACUACGGCUUCGAGUUUGAUUUUGGCCCGCCAUGGAAUGCUUGCAGCGUCACCAUGACAGCAGUCCUCGGCCAUCUGACCGGGCUGGACUUCACCGCAGAAAACAAGAACUGGUCACAUCCUCCACCAGAGAGCCUUUUCACUGCGCCUGUAGUGACAGUGGUACCUCAGGACAAGAAAACUGUGGCAGAGAAUAUUGAGCGCCAGGCUCGGUACUGUCAGUUGCUCAUCAUCUGGACGGAUUGUGAUCGUGAGGGAGAACAUAUCGGAAAGGAGAUAGUCAACGCCGCUAGGAAAGGCAACGCAGGGAUCCAGGUUAAGCGCGCGAAUUUCAGCAACAUUGAGCGAGCGUACGCUGCCCUCAUAUCUUCCUUUUUAAAGACUCUACUAAUGUCAAACAGACACAUCCUUUCGGCUGCGCGUCGCCUCACAGACCUGGACCAGAAGCAAGUCGAUGCCGUGGAUGCAAGAAUCGAGCUUGACUUGAGAAUCGGAUAUGCUUUCACUCGAUUCUUGACCAUCAGUCUCCGACCCCUUGGAGGCGCGUUGCAAGAAAGGACGAUCAGCUAUGGCUCCUGUCAGUUUCCGACGCUAGGGUUUGUUGUUGACCGUUACUUUCGAGUCCAAAACUUCGUGUCCGAACCGUUCUGGAGCAUCAAGGUCAUGCAUUCUCGCGAAGGGAAGAAAGCCAAUUUCAGUUGGUCUCGGAACCGGCUCUUCGAUCGGAUGUCUGUUGUUAUUCUCUACGAGCGUUCCAUCAAAGCGAAGAAGGCCAAGGUUACCAAAGUCCAGGAGAAACCGACAAGGAAGUGGAAGCCCUUACCGUUGACCACCGUUGAACUGCAAAAGGCAGCAACUCGCCUGCUGCGCAUGAGCGGUCAACAGGCAAUGACUGUGGCGGAAAAUCUCUACAACAAGGGUUUCAUUAGCUAUCCUAGAACCGAGACAGAUCGCUUUGACAAGGGGAUGGACUUGAAGGCUUUGAUCAGGAAACAAACACCGCAUGAAAGAUGGGGUCAGUAUGCCCAAGGUCUUUUGGACGGAAAUUUCAGCCAACCGCGCGAGGGGCGACACGACGACAAGGCACAUCCUCCUAUCCACCCAGUCACUUUCGCUGCUCCAACUGUACUCGACCCGAACGAGAAGCAACUUUACGAGUACGUGGUACGACGAUUCUUAGCUUGCUGCUCCGAAGAUGCCAAGGGCAUGGCAACGGAUAUUGAAAUCCUCUAUGGAGAGGAGACAUUUCACACCCGUGGCUUACAUGUACUGGAGCGCAACUAUUUGGAUGUCUUUGUCUACGAGAAAUGGAACGACUCGGCCGAGUUGCCCAAGUAUACGGAGGGUGAGACGUUCCAGCCUACAGAGGCCAUGAUGACAGACGGGAAGACAAGUCCUCCUGGAUAUCUUACAGAAGCAGAUCUUAUUGCGCUUAUGGACGCCAACGGAAUCGGAACGGACGCAACAAUGGCAGAGCAUAUCCAGAAGAUUCAAGAUAGAGAGUAUGUUCAGUUGGCCGACGGCGGUCAACGUGGCCAGGAUAACGACGGCAAUAGUGACCAGGAUGAACCUCCAUCACCACCAGCAAGAGGUGGCCGAGGCGGACGCGGCAAUCGCGGAGGACGCGGGAGAGGAGGUCGCGGCGCGUCCUCGGCGGGACGGAGAACUCUCAAGGUCUUUAUCCCGACACAACUGGGCGUGGCACUUAUCACGGGGUUUGAUCGCAUGGAGUUCGAAACAAGUCUGGGUAAGCCCUUCCUCCGCAAAGAAAUGGAGAAUAAGAUGAAGGCAAUAUGUGACGGGCGUAUGACCAAGGAAGCCGUCCUACGCGAAAGUCUGGGCCAGUACCGGCAAGUAUUUCGUGACUCUCAAGAGCGGCUCAACGUACUCAAAGCAGCGUGUCGCGAAUACAUGUCCCUCCGCGAUUGA